GACGGACAGACAGCAGGUAAAGGAAAGAAGAAACCAUGGCAGCUGCCUCAGACCAGAAUGUGGAGUUUGUACGGACAGGAUAUGGGAAGAACAUGGUGAAGGUGCUGUUCAUCAGGAGACAGGGAAGCCACCAUGAUAUCAUCGAGCUGAUGGCAAACGUGGAGCUCACACUCAAAUCACGUAAGGACUAUUUAACUGGAGACAACAGUGACAUCAUCCCCACGGACACUAUCAAGAACACUGUGCAUGCCCUGGCCAAAAUCAAAGGGGUAAAGAGCAUUGAGCAGUUUUCACUGGAUAUCUGUCAUCACUUCCUGACCUCUUUUAACCAUGUGCUGAGGGUCAAGGUUCACAUGGAGGAGGCUCCAUGGAGGAGGCUAGAGAAGAAUGGUGUUCAACAUGUUCAUGCAUUUAUCUUCAGCCCUGAGUCUUGUCGUUUUUGUGAUGUUGAGCAGAAUCUCAAUGGUGUCCCGGUUGUUCACGGUGGCCUGAAGAACAUGAAGGUGCUGAAAACCACUCAGUCUGGUUUUGAGGGUUUCUUAAGGGACCGAUUCACAACCCUCCAAGAGACCAAGGACAGGUGUUUCUGUACCUCUGUCUACUCCAGGUGGCGCUACAACAAAGUUCAGGAUGUCAACUUUGAUGCUGCAUGGAACUGCGUUAAGAACACAAUUAUUGAAAAGUUUGCGGGUCCUUAUGACCGUGGAGUGUACUCACCUUCUGUGCAGAAGACACUGUAUGAAUCUCAGGUUCUGGUCCUGAAUAGAGUCCCAGAGGUGGAUGAAAUUGAGAUUGUGAUGCCGAACCAGCAUUACUUCACCAUAGACAUGACAAAAAUGGGUCUGAGCAACAAAGAUGAAGUUCUUCUUCCCCUGGAUAACCCAUCUGGAAACAUCACUGGGACAGUGCGCCGCAAGCAACAAGCCAAGUUGUAAAGGAUUUUACAGUUUGUGAUAAUACUACCACUGUGAUGUGCAGAUGAAAGGAACAGAGCAUUUGGUCCAGUCGGGUUCAUAGUGUCUGCUGAAGAUAUAAAGAUUUCCUUUUCUUUUUUGUCAGACAGAUAAACAGAAGUUGAUUUUUACCUUGACAUCUUUUGUCUACAACCUGUAGCGCUCCUCAGAAGGGUCACUUGAUGUUACUGUGAUGGGUCUUGCACCAAUACAAUGCAACAUUAGCUUUUGGAAAAGACAUGUAGAUGACAUACUAUGGAAAAUAGGAAAAGGACAGACAGCCACACCCACUGAGCACCUGAACCAGAAGAGGAAACAUCAAACAUCACAGGAAACAUCAAAUUCACACACAAAGAACAAAUAAACAAAUCCAUAUCAUUCCUGGACUUGAAAAUCACACACAAGGAUGACAGCAGCAUUAGCAUCAAAAAAUAUAGGAAACCCACACACAGAUCAAUACAACAGGGGGCAUAGUCGUCCUCUGUUGUCUGGCAUUCCUGGAUAAAACAGCUGACAAGACACGUCACAGUAACAUCAAGUGACCCUUCUGAGGAAGGCUACAGGCUGUAGCUGAAACAUGUAAAGGUAAAAAAAUCAACCUUUGUUUGUCUGACAAAAAAGAAAAGGAAAUCUUUAGAACAGAUCAUUUAUUUGACAUUUGUAACUGACAUAUGCAACCUCUGAAACCGUUAUUAGUCCAGUGUGACCUGGUGUUGAAAGGCCUGU